GUGGGAACUGGUCGCUUCGCGCUUGAGGCAGCACAUAUUCGGCCUCCGCGACCUGACCGCGUCGUCCACCGCGAGAUUCGAAUGCUGCGAUGCCGGCUCUCUGCAGCGACCCAUGCACUCCGUAACACCUCUGCGCUGCUGACGAAGGAGCGGUUGAUCAUCAGAACCCAAACGAAGCACGCGGACCCGUUCCGACGCUUUGGCACUUCUGGUAGCAGCAAGUCUCAGCACGACCCAAGCGCGUCGACAGCCUUCCAUUUACACGACGGCCAGCUGCCCUUGUCGGACAACCAGCGUCGGACUAUAUAUGCGCUUUCAACGCCUCCCGGAAAGGGCGGGGUAGCUGUGGUCAGGAUCUCGGGGCCUGACGCGCUGCAAGCAUGGAGGGCAGUGGUGAAGAGAGGAGCACGUAAGGACGCAUCUGAAAGCGAUGUCCCAACGCCGUGGCAAAUGUACAGGUGCAAGGUCACUCACCCCGCGUCUGGUGAGGUCCUAGAUGAUGGUCUUGCAGUCUACUUCAAAGCACCGAAGUCCUUUACCACCGAAGAUGUCGUAGAGCUGCACAUCCACUCUGGUCGAGCAGUUGUGUCCUCAGUGCUUGCGGCUCUGUCGCGCAUUCCGGCCUGUCGUCCCGCAGAAGCAGGGGAAUUUACGCGUCGUGCCUUCAAGGGUGGUCGCCUUGACCUCACCCAAGUCGAGGGCUUGAAGGACUUGAUUAACGCGGAAACUGAAAGCCAGCGGAAAGCUGCGCUGAUCGCGGCAGGGGGUGCUAUGCGAGACCACUUCGAGAAGCUCAGGAAAGACGUCAUACAGUGUCUUGCUCUCGUAGAAGCACUCAUCGAUUUUGGUGAAGGCGAGGAUAUCGAGGAAGGCGUAUACGAACAAGCCCGAGAACGUGCUAGAGAUAUAGCACAAAAUGUGCGUGCGCACCUUUCUGACAACCGCAGGGGUGAAAUUCUGCGCUCGGGCAUACGGCUUGCUAUCUUUGGACCACCGAACGCGGGCAAGAGUAGCUUGCUGAACUUUCUCGCGCAACGAGAAGCGGCCAUUGUUACUUCAGUCCCGGGCACGACUCGAGAUAUUUUGGAACUCUCCCUUGACAUUGGUGGCCUACCCGUGAUUGUCGCCGACACAGCCGGAAUACGGCAGACAGAUGACCUGGUGGAAAACAUAGGGGUCGAACGCGCUCGUAACCUGGUUCAAUCGACAGAUAUCUCGUUGUGUGUGCUCUCCUUGCCGGAUAUCAUGAACAGCACUUCAAAGGGCUUGGGAAUCUCGUCCUCCGUGUCCCCGCUCAUCAGUCCGGAAACCUACGUGCUUCUUAACAAGUCGGAUAUGGCGGAUGUCACGCCCGAUCAGGUUUCGUCCGUUCUGACUGCCCUUGGCGUUCGUCAAGGAUGGGUCGUCAGCCUCACGACUGGGAAGGGCACGCAGGACUUCCUGGAUGGCUUUGCACAAGCCUUGCAGCAUCGAUAUGAUGUGUAUCAGGAGCAUGACUCGCAUGACCGUCCGCUGAUCACACAUGCCCGGCAUCGUGUCCAUUUGGAGCAUGCAUUGCAGUUCUUAUAUGCCUUCCUGACUUACAAUGCGGAGAAUGUAGUGCUUGCUGCGGAAGAGCUCCGCUACGCCGCUCAGGCCAUUGGUAAGAUUUCUGGGGUCAUUGAUGUGGAGGACGUCCUCGAUGCUGUAUUUCGUGAUUUCUGCAUCGGCAAAUAAGGAUAUGCUGUCAUCUCA